AUGUUUAUUACUCUGGCUUAUGGAUCUAAUGGUGGUACUGCUAGGUCGAUAGCAGGUAUUUUGGCCGGUAAGAUCGAGAUGGUUGGAAAUUUAGAAUUAUCGGGAUUUUCAGGGUGUAUUGUGGUGGAAAUGGAUCAAAUUGAAGUAAAUCAGCUGGCUAAAAUGGGUAUAGUUGUGUUUGUUUGUGCGACAACGGGUGAUGGUGAGUGUCCGUAUAACAUGCAGGGGUUUUGGUGGGAACUUAAGCGGCGUAUAUGGACGGGGGCGUUUGAGCAGUUGUUCUAUGCGGUGGUUGGGUUGGGCGAUUCGUUGUAUAGCAAGUACAACUAUGCUGGGAAACGGUUGUUCAAUCGGAUGAAACAAGUGGGCGGGGUGGCUCUUUGUGGUCGUUGUGAUUGUGAUAGUAUGGAUAGUCGAGGUGUAUACAGUGCUUUGGAGACGUGGGUGCCUGAGUUUUUGGCGGGCUUGCGUAGUCAGUGGAGUAGUAUUGUUAGUGGCCCGGGGAAUGAAUGGAGUAAAAAGGGGUUAGUUGGGGUGAAACCAGCAACUAGUUGGGGAGUUUUAAAGUCCCGUCGAAGAAUAGCUCCGUAUGGCGAAGUAGAUGAUCUGUCAACCAAAGGAUCCUUUUAUUCAGAGGUCUUAGAAGUGGUCUUACAAAUAGAUAAGCCGGUUGGAAUAGAAAGUGCGACCAACUCGGAUGAGAGUGUUAGAGAUGGUAAGGAUGAAAGUGCUAGAGAUGGUAAGGAGGAGGAUUUGAAUCCACAUACGAAUGUGAUGACGUACAGUCCAGGGGAUGUUUUGGAGGUAUACCCGGAGAAUUUAGACUACUUGGAGUUCUUGGCGGAGGCAGUAGAAGGAGAGGUAGAGGAAGCAGAACAGUUUGCCUACUUGGACUACCAAAAAGUACCUAUGCACCAUGAGAUUGGCCGGGUGUACGAGUGUCUAGUGAAUAAACAGGGUGUUCGGUUUAAGGACGAUGUGCCGGACGAAACACUCUUCCUGGGCCGGUUGCAAGAAAUAGCAGAGACGUAUGAUGAGUACUAUGCGUACGUGGUUGCACCACAGCGGACUUUUAGAGAAGUACUUAGAGAUCUGUUUUUGGUGGUACGGACUAGUGCCGGUCUGUUUAGUCCCAUCUUUCCUCGGUACUACACAAUUAGUAAAUGCGAUGGGUGCUUGUACAGCCUAACAGUUGGUGUGGUUAAAAGGUACACUAAACUGGCCCAGCCACGAAAAGGCCUUUGCUCGGAGUACUUAAAAGGCCUGGAAAUUGGCCGGCGUGUCCGUGUGCGACAGCGCAAGUCGCACAUGCCGCUUGAAGGGGACUUAUUCAUGAUUUGUUCAGGGACGGGUAUUUCUCUACCUAGAGCAACUAUUCAUGCUUAUUUAGAAGGACAUUUGCCGCAGGUAAGUAGUAUUCAUCUUCUAUUUGGAUUUAGAUCGGUGCUUUACGACUGGCUGCACCAUGAUGAACUGGCUAUUGGUCCGCCAAUGCUAGUGCAUGGGAAGACAGGUGUUGUUUUGCAGUAUACUUUGCUAUCUAAGGAUAAGCAGCGGAGUGUAGUUCUUUUUGCGGCUCCAUCAAGAUUGGGGGAAGAGCCGGAGCAGCUAAUAUCUCUAGGACAGCCUAGUCCGUCUGAUGGUUUGACUUGGCCCGCUGUGCCUCGGAAGAAUUACUUGGCAGGCGUUCUGCAUAUGCUUGAUAAGAGUAUCUUGUUCAAAAACAUUAUUAUUAGUGGCGCAUCAAGACUAGCCAAGACAUUGCCACCGGUAAUUGAAGCUAUUUUGCAGACCCAAGUUCAUUUUUAUUCGGAGUGUUGGUAG